AUAUUACACACAUUUUUUCUUAUUGAAUAAAUAAACCCUUUGGUAAAUAUACUACUUAUUCGUGGUGGUUAGUAGUUUUCACCGAGAAAAAAAGUCGAUUAUUUGAUCAUACAAAUUUACGCUACCUUAUGGCUUAUGAUCAAGAUAAUACUAAAGCAUGUUUAAAAUGUGGAUCCAAAUGUCCUGGUUUCAUGAAACAUUCAUGGAGAAUGUUAUGUACACAAUGUCAUUGUGCAUAUUAUGAACAUGAUAUUGAUGAUUUUACUAAUCAAUCAAUAUUAGAUCAAUUAGAUUUAAAUCAAUCAUCAUUCUAUAAUGAAUAUAUGGAUGCACAAAAUUUGGCUAAACAAUUUGGAUUAAAUUGGUUACCUAUUGGUGUUAAACUAAAUGAAGUGAAUUCGUUUUUGGAUAGUCUUCCAAAGGAUGAAUUACCACGUGGUGAAGUUGCUGAUCAUAUUAGGCGUCAACGUCUUAGAAAACAAAUACCAUUACAAGAUCGUAAACCAGCUGUAACAAUUAUGGAAUUAUGGCGUCAGUCAAAAGAUUCAAAUCCUAACUUAAUAAAGGAAUUAAGUGAAGCGAACCGUUUUAAAAAGUUUCGUAAUUUCGAUUGUUUGGGUAUUGGAUUAGUGGAACAUAUGAAUGAUAAGGAUGGACAGCCAUGUACAAAUUGUUCGAAUAUAAUCAAUUUUGAUGAUUUCUGUAUACGAAUUAAACCAGAACAUUCUUUAUUAGAAGAAUUGUUUAACAUGCCCUUAUAUCGUACACCAGCUUGGCAUUUGAAUUGUUUUCGAUGUACAAUAUGUAAUGAAAAUUUAGUUGAUUAUAUAUAUGCUUGGUUAAAUAAUCGACCCUAUUGUUUACGAGAUUAUGGUCAAUCAGUAAGUCCACGUUGUGUGGCAUGUGAUCAUCUUAUUUUCUCAGAAGAAUAUACUGAAGCUAUGAAUCAAGAACAUCAUUUUGGUCAUUUUGCUUGUCAUAGUUGUGAUGCAUCAUUAACAGGACAACGUUAUAUAUUACGUGAUGAUGAACCACAUUGUUUAGCUUGUUAUGAAGCUAAAUUUGCUAAUACAUGUGAACAAUGUAAAGAAAAAAUUGGUUGUGAUUCGAAGGAUCUUUCAUUUAAAGAAAGACAUUGGCAUGAGAAAUGUUUCAUAUGUUCUGCUUGUACUACUGCAUUAGCUGAUCGACCAUUUGCUACAAAAGAAGAACAAUUAUAUUGUUCUGAUUGUUAUGAUGAACGUUUUGCUGCACGUUGUGAUGGUUGUCAAGGUAUAUUCAAAGCUGGAAUGCGUAAAUAUGAAUAUCGUGGACAACAAUGGCAUGAAGAAUGCUUUUUAUGCGUUGAAUGUAAACAACCAAUUGGUGCGAAAAGUUUUAUUCCACGAGAAAAUCAAGUUGUAUGUGUACCAUGUUAUGAAGCGAAAUAUGCUCAACGUUGUACUAAAUGUUCAGAAGUUAUACGUCGUGGUGGAGUUACAUACAAAGGGAAUCCAUGGCAUAAAGAAUGUUUCACUUGUACUAGUUGUUCUAAACAAUUAGCAGGAUUAAAAUUCACUUCUAAAGAUGAACAACCAUAUUGUGCUGAUUGUUAUGGUGAAUUAUUUGCUAAAAAAUGUACAAAAUGUACCAAACCAAUUACUGGAUUUGGUGGUUGUAAAUUUAUUUCAUUUGAAGAUCGUCAUUGGCAUUCAGAAUGUUUUCUAUGUGCAAAAUGUAAUUGUAAUUUAGUCGGUAGAGGUUUUGUUACCAGUGAUGAUAUGAUUAUGUGUUCUGAAUGUGGUCGUUAACUUCAACAAACACUUCAAAGAAGAAGAAUAAGAAAAAGAAAAAGAAACAAGCAGCAGCAGUUAGAUAUCUAGUCAAAAGUGCGUGAUUCAUUCAUUUGUUCAUUCGUUCUUUCUUUCUUUCUUUAUUCAGCUUUAUGAUAUUAAUUUGUUUUGUUUGGUUAAUAGUCAAAUCUUCUUAGCUAAUUCAUUCUAAUGUUCACAAUGCAUUUAUUAUAUGAUAUAGACAUAAGAUUUUCUUUUUGAACCAUAACUUCAAAUGAUCCGUUAACAUAGAAUGAUAGACAGAACUAUUCACUAUUGCUCAUAAAGAAAUGAAUUCAUUGUGAAAUAUAUUCUAUUCUAGUCUUUAUUCUUCCCCAAUCCUUCAAAUAUAUUGAUUGAUUUUUUUGUACUGUUUUUUGUUUGUUUGUUGAUAAUGUCCACAAAUUGUCUUCCUUGUUCACAUACAUUCAUUCAAAUGAAUGCACAUAUAUACAUCAUUAUUAGCGUAUAAACUAAUGAUCUUUCACAUUUAAUAGUAAUUUAACUUGAUAGUUUACAGUUCUAUAGUUUUCUUUUACAUGUGCAUGACAUAAAUGUUUAGAUUUUCUCUUUAGAACUGCUUCAUCACUUAUUUACUCGUAGGUAUAUUCCUACUGUUAUAUAUCAAGAGAUUUGGGAGCUGGGCGUGGGGGGGUUGGGCUUUCUUGAAAAUGUAUGGAAUGUUGAGCUUCCAAGUUGUCUUCUCUCUCUCUCUCUCUCGCUAUUUCCUCUUUUCCACAUGACGUAUAUCAUUUAAAAAGAAAUUCAAUCCUUGUAAUUGAAACUUACUUCUGUUAAUGUGUAUGAGAUUUGACAACAACUAUGAACGUCAUUAUACAUCAUCAAACGAUUCACUGUCUAUUAUUCUAAAGUUAGACAUUCAUUACCUUUGUUUAUUGUAGACGUAACUAUUCUUGGUAUUUUUUAUGAAUAUUAUUCAUUUCAACCAGUUUAACAUGUGUGCUCUCAUUUCCGAUUUCACAUACACACACAGAUCAUCUUUCUCAUUUCGAAAUUCAUUUUCAUGUUGUGUUUUUCUUUUUUCUUCAUUUGCAUGCAAAAUUUGUUUUGAUUAGAUAAUGCAGCGUUUACAUCUUACGUACUUACGUUAUUGAGUAUUGGAAUUUAUGCAUAGAACAUAUGAAUUGUGUAUGUGUGUGUGCGUUCCAAUAUAUUCACCAUAAAUAUAUCUUUUGGACUACCUUAA